AUGAGAUUGCCCAAACUGAAAUUCCUAGCAGCCGGGGGCAUCAGGCUCUCGCCGCCCUAUGUCAACCUCUCCCCUCCGAGAACCUACCAGCGUUAUGCGAAGGAAGGCCAUUGCCUCAACAGGAAGGUCGAUAAACUGAUGAGGAGCAAUAAUCCCCGUACAACUGUAAUUUGUAAAAAGUACAUCAGACAUGACAUUUCGAAUGAGAACCAAAUUAAGCACAAAGUUUUUGGUGAAGAUCGAAACCCACCAAAUAGAAGCAAAAUAGGAAUAGCGGAAGAAGGUACAAAAAGGAGUGUCCCCCUUUUCCUCAACGAUAAAUUACUUUACAAUCACAUUGUUCUUAAAUUGAUGAAUAGAGAAAAAAAAAUGAAAAACAUUUCGAGUGAUUUCUUUUACCAUUUAAACAAAUUUCAUAUAAACCAUAUAAAUAACUAUUUUGGACAGAGUCGCUUAAUAUUUACCAAGACAUCUAAAAUAUUUUUCGCUGUGGUCGCUAGCUUUUCUGUUCUUUUAACCUUCUUCCUAGUAACCUCGUCAAAUUAUUUGGAAUAUAAUAUAAUUUUGAAGUACCACAUAAAAUUCCACUCUUUGCUUUUUUCUUUUUUCUCCGCCUAUUAUUUAGGUUUACAAGUAGGUAGUUACUAUUUUGUCAACAAUCUUCAUUACAUGUAUACCUUCCUCUUUUUAGUAGCCUCAAUUAUUUCCAUGAGUAUGGCUGAUUAUGCCAUAUGGGUCUCCUACUAUUUUUUAAGCUUAAAUUACUUGGCUUUCAUAGUUAUUAAUUACUGUAAUGUGCGUUUGGGGAUGUUCCCCAGUUGCUUAUUUCAGAAUGUCAAUCGCGUUUUUUUCUUUUCCCUUUUGUCAAACUAUUUGGCUGUCAACAAGGGGAAAUAUAUCGAGCAAAAUAUACAGCGAUUGCGCGAUGAAGAAGUGGACACAGGGCGUUUUAGACUGUUCAAGGUGCUCCCCUAUUUUCUGUGA